AUGCGGUUGCAGAAAAAUGCAAACGAGCUGUUUUUCGCCAUGGUAAACCAGUUAGGCAAAUUAGGGGGUGGAAAUGGUCUUGUGCCGAGUGGUGGCACACUAUCCCACACGCAUGGUCCGGGCAACGAACCCCGGAUCGGCACUUACCAAGGCUGACAAAACCACCUUUUCUUACGGAAAUUGCCAUGGUGUAACAUUUACCGGAGUCAUCGUACCGCAUGA